AUGGAGAUUCAAGCUCAGGAAGCAGCUCAAAAUGACACUCAAAUUCUGUAUGAAGCAAGCAUGAGGGGAUGUGUAGCAACCUUGAACACAUUGAUACAGAAUGAUCCAUUAAUUCUCCAUAAAAUUUCACUCACUCCCUUCACUGAAACUCCCUUGCACAUCUCAGCUUUGCUUGGUCAUGUUGAGUUCACCAAAGCUAUUGUGAGCCAAAAGCCUCAACUUGUCGCAGAGUUGGACUCUUUCAAACGCUCACCUCUUCACUUGGCUGCUGCUGAGGGCCACAGUGAAAUUGUCAAAGAGCUGUUAAUAGCAAAUAAGGAUGUGAGUAUGGUUGCUGACCAAGAGGGGAGAAUUCCUCUCCAUUUGGCUGCAAUGAGAGGGAGAGUUGAGGUGAUAAAAGAGCUUAUAAGUGCAAAACCUGAGUCAAUUUUUGAGCCAAUCCGUGCAGAAACAGCUUUACAUUUCUGUGUUAAGCUCAAUCAUUUGGAUGCACUCAAAGUAUUGGUGGCAUCAGUUGAUGAUGAGGAGUUUCUCAACUCCAAAAACUUUGAAGGAAACUCUAUCUUGCAAGUAUCUACUAUGUUGCAGCAGUAUGAGACCACUAGCUACUUGCUUUCCGUGCCAAAAAUGAGAGUGGAUUUGAACUCCUUCAUCAAAAAUGGCUUUCCAGCCUUUGGUGGAAGCUGCAGGAACGGCACAACUCGAAGCAAUUUACAGAAGAAUCCCAUCAAAGAAACAACCACCAAAGUUCAAACCACUCAAUCACCCCAAAAGUUAAAAUCAAUAAUAACAUCAUUCCUCAAAUGGAGAAGGCUCAUCAACUACAAGAGCGACCGCCACGAAAAAAUGAGAGGCAACUUGAUGGUGUUGGCCAGCUUGAUUGCCAAAAUGAGUUUCCAGAUUGCAACAAGCCCACCAGGUGGCUACUGGCAAGCAGACGCCACUAAUCUGAAAGAAGAAACCUGCCCAAAGGGGGUUUGCAGUGCUGGAACUUCAAUUCACGCAUACACUCAUGAAAAUGAGUACCACUUAUUAACAUUCGUGAACACGGUCUCAUUCUCAGCAUCGAUCAGCAUAAUUUUGUGGCUCAUUAGUGGAGUUUUGGUGGGAAUUUUGCUGUUCUUGGAGAUAAAAGAAUUCAAAGAGGAAAGAAUUUCAGAAAAAAUGCAAAACCGAGAGAAGACAGAAAUGGAGAUUCAAGCUCAGGAAGCAGCUCAAAAUGACACUCAAAUGCCGUAUGAAGCAAGCAUGAGGGGAUGUGUAGCCACCUUGAACACAUUGAUACAGAAUGAUCCUUUCAUUCUCCAUAAAAUUUCACUCACUCCCUUCACUGAAACUCCCUUGCACAUCUCAGCUGUGCUUGGUCAUGUUGAGUUCACCAAGGCUAUUGUGAGCUCGGUUAGAAUGAGUCCAAAUCAAGCUCAACUCAAGUGA